AUGGGGAAUGAAUCGCCCACCCCGCAUCAGUUGUUUGUGGAAGCUCUUGUUUUUUGGAGUAUUGGCGUGGUGAUAUAUGGAGGAAGAAUGGUAUCCCGGACAAUUGCCAAUGGGUCCAUCAAACGGCUGUUCUGGGAUGACUAUGUCAUGACAGCAACCUUUAUGAUUUAUACAACGCUCCUUGUUUUAAUCCAGAUAUCAUCACGCUACGCAACAAACCUCAUGGACCCGAAAGAUUACAACCGAGUAUUAUCGGAUCCCCAGGAAGUCCAUGACCGAAUUUAUGGAAGUAAAAUUGUGAUCGGGCUGGAGCAGUGCAUGCUUUUCUCAACAUGGGGUGUGAAGACCUGCAUGCUCAUUUUCUAUUGGAGGCUUACCCAGAGCUUGCGCUCCAAUCUCUAUAUAAAGAUGCUUGCGGUAUAUGUGGCAUUGGGGUUUGUGGUGAUUAUGAUCUGCUACUAUGCUGUGUAUUGUCGGCCCUUUUCGCAGUACUGGGCCAUGCCUGUACAGAACAUGCAAUGCGCUACUUAUCAACACUACUCCAUUACCCAGGCUGUGUUCAACAUCUCUUCCGAUGCAAUCAUGUUCGCCAUCCCAAUCCCGCUUUUAAUAAAAGCCCAACUCAAACAACAUCGUAAGAUUCUUCUUCUUGGUGUGAUGAGCCUGGGUCUCUUCACUAUUAUUGCCGCCAUUCUCAAUAAAUAUUUCAAUUUUGCAUCGCCACUCACCACCACUUAUCAGAUUUGGUAUAUCCGCGAAGCUAGCACGGCUAUUUACGUCGCGAACCUGAUGUGCUGGUGGCCACUAUUGCGAAAGCUGUUCGGCCUGAAGGCAUUCUCCUACAACAGUAACCGAGGACGGAAAGGACAGGGCCUCAACAACCAAAACAAAGAUAGCAACGGUUUCUCGCAGUCUGGGUCCCGUCCGUCCUUCUCCAUUCCUCGUGCUCUGAACCUUGUUCUGCCGAUUUUCAAAAAAUCCGAUAACAAUCAUGAUGUCGAGCGGCAUGACGGGACGCACCGCUCAAGCCAAGAAGCGUUCACUCACAUGUCCAAUGAUUUCAUGGAUGAUUUACAUCGAGUGGAAGCCCACCCAUUGGAGCAGUGGGAUAAGACUCAUGAUCACUUGGGAGUUCUUGAAGAUCCAAGACCAACAAGCCCAGAGUCCAUCACCAUGUACGAUGAUGCGCCAUUCAAGACUCCAUGCCAUAGUGAUGGGGCUAAAGGUACUUGA